ACUAAAGUGAAGAAUGUUAGCAAAAUAGCAAAAAAUGCGAAUAUGAGCCGUCGGGGUAAGGUGUAAAAUUUUAACACGGACUCUUCACGAACUCUGAAACGUCCUCGGCCUUUACCUUUGGCCCCUAAAAGGUCACGUGAAAUUUUUGUCUGUUCGGACCUCCAAGUCGGUAAAUGACACUUCUUGACAAAUGACAAUGUAAAGCUUUAAUCAUAAGCCUAAGACAGAUAUACAAUUUUUAUAAACAUACUUCGAGGUUUCAACUAAAUCCAUUUUUGUAAUACCCGUUUUCUUCGUUUAUUACUGAUUGAUAAGUUAAUAAGAUUGAUUACCUCCGAAGCUUUGUAGAUUUGCGAUAUUAAAUUAUUCUUCCUAUUGUUUUUACGAAUUUGCUACACUAAUUAGUUUCACUUGAAUAUGAUUGGUUGUCGGCCCAACUCCUGUCAUAACGUCCGGACAUUUGAUUGGUGGAGCGGUUCGUCUUAUUUUCUUACUCGAAUAACAUAUGGUCCCUUUGUUGUGAGAACGUGUUCAAAGCUUAUGAGUGGUUGCCAUCAGCCACUCGCAAUCCAGAGAAAAAGACGCUUCGUUACUGGUUCUUCCAGCAGAGAAUCGACCAUUAAGAGCCUGCUCUUGAAAUUUUAUGGAUCCCAGCAACGGUGAGACGAGAUCAACCCGGAACGAAAGUCUGACAAUGGUAUCUGGUGAUGCUACAUACAGACUCGAUCAGCAAACUCCUAGUCUAGCGACAUUUCACACUCAAGCCCAGAUUGCAAGCACUUCAAACCAGUUACAAUCAUCGCCGCCAAUCUUAGGUCAAGAUGCUAGACGAGAUGCAUCAAAUGGACAGGCAGGCGAUGACGGAGUUCAGACACCAAAUGUUCGUCUUGUUAUCUCUGAUGUCAGCGCGGGUAUAACCCACUCUGUCAGCAGUACCACCAGUGAGGAUAACAGAGGUGUCGUCUCUGUGGAUUCAAAUGCUGGCAAUGUGCCAGUUGUCAUUCCACAAGACUAUCUGACUGUAACUCAAAGUGCUCCCAGUUUUGUGACACAGGAUACACACAAUGACAAUGUUGCACUUACCGUGGAAGACAUGGAUCAGGACGAUAAAGAACGUGAUGAAGUUCUCAGGGAACAAGACCGAUUUCUUCCAAUUGCAAAUGUUGCAAGAAUAAUGAAGAAGUCCAUUCCAAAAACUGGGAAGGUAAAUAAAGAUGCAAAGGAAUGUGUACAAGAAUGUGUUUCUGAAUUCAUCAGUUUCAUAACCAGCGAAGCAAGUGAAAGGUGUCAUCAGGAAAAGAGAAAGACCAUAAAUGGGGAAGAUAUUCUUUUUGCCAUGACCAAUCUAGGCUUCGAUCAAUAUGUGGAACCUCUCAAAAUGUUCCUGCAGAAAUACCGUGAUUCAAUGAAAGGGGAAAAGGGAAACAUUACCGGUGUGACAGAAGUCUCUGAGAUUGAAGAUAAUGGUCAAAAUAUCACCCAUUUUAGUAGUGGUCCCAUACAUCCGACAAUGAUUACUCAAGAACAAACCAACGCUUUAUACAAUACAGCCUAUCCAACGCAGGUCGCUUCUCAGCUUCAACAGUCGCUUCAUUUUCCGUCCAUGUAAGUGAAGUAAUGUCGAAAGUGUACACAGUUAUCCAUCAGAGAACACUGUCGCUCCUGGUACGUACAUAUACACGUUGAAAGACAAAGUUCCGGUAAUGUAAAACGUUACAAAUGGAAUGCCAUAAGCAUAGUUUAUUUGUGAUGUAUAGUGGAUUGUUAGGAUUGGCUCAGUUCCAGUCCUCCCUCCCGUUAGCUUUUAAUAAUUAUGAAAAUCAGACAAACACUAUGAGAUCAAAUAGAUAAGAUCUGGUUGUGACUUGUGAGCGGUGACUGGGUUCGGUGAACACCGAUUAGAAUCAUUAGAAUCGGACAACAGAGUACUUCAAAGGGUCGUCUUCUAUAAACCGGCUUAACCACUUCAUUAACCGGUAUUGUUAUUUUUUUUACACGGAAUCCAGUAGAUAGAUGCAACCAAUGCCUCGUGUAAGUACAUUUGCUAUGACGUGGCAUUUUUUUAUAUCCCGAUUAACAAAGUAACUUACCGCCAUACUAUUAGCAAGUGUACUGUGAACUGAGGUAUCUUCAUAUGAUUGGUUGAAGUAUUUAUCCAAUCAUAUCACGUGUACCUAGUUGGUGUAUUCCUCUUGUAUUUUAUACUUACUUGAAAGUAACGAGAAAAACGUCCCACUUAGCUCCACAGGAACCCAACCUUUGUAUUACUCUGGGAAUUCGUUUCAUUCAAAUGUUUUACGGCUUUGUUGUGUUUUAUCAUUGCGGUUAUUGCGAUAAGAACGAAGUUGCGUAGAUUGGUAAUUAACGAGUCUCAACCGCAGUAAUUGCACCGCACAGCUAUGUUGAGUUAGUAGUUCAAUAAAUGUAUAUAUCUAUAUGUAUUUAUAAAUAUCGUAGAUUUUAGCUAAUUUCUUUUGAAGAUUAUGCACAAA